UCAAGACCGAUUGCGGAAGGGAAAACAGUCGACAUGUUGGGUCGUAUGUAAAGAAGCCAAAUGAUCUUCUAGAAUACGAUUGGGGAUGUCCUUUUGAAGUGUGGCCAGGUUCCGGAAUUAUUUGUUAUUAAGGGGAUCAGUGGGCAACAAAAAUGACGGGUUUUUUAACCAAAAAAGAAUCUUCUUAAAUCUAUCAGGUGUCAGACCAUGUACCCCCGAAGUUGGGCCCAGGAUGUGUUACGGUGUCAGAUUUGUGAAGUCCCAGCUCCCCCUAUGUAUUGUGACAUUUGUCACAUACAUAUGUGUAAAGCCUGUGUGGGGGAACAUCUCUCUGAUGAAUCUACUGAACACAAAGUGGUGCCAUUUAAAAAGCGGGGACGAAAUCCUAAAUGUUCAAAACAUUCUAAACAAUUGUGUGACCUUCAUUGCGAAAAAUGCGACAUUCCAAUUUGCCUGGAGUGUGUCUCCUCUGGUGAACAUCUGGGCCAUAAAAUGGGGGGGAUUUUGAAAAUUGUAGAAAAGAAGAAAGAAGCUAUGCAUAGAGAUUUACAAGAAUUAGAAAAAAACAUUUAUGCUAUAUAUCAAGAGAUGGCAUCUAACAUCCCAGCUCAGAAAGCUGAUCUUAAUGAAAACUCCCAGAAACUUAAAAGAGCUAUAGAAAAACAUGGAGAGGACUUUCACAGAGAAAUAGACACUGCUAUUGAGAAAAUGAAAUCUGAUGUGGAUGAAAUUGAAUCCAAACAAGUGGCUGUCCUUAAUGAGCAUGAAAAUGAAAUCAAACGCAUUAUUUCUGAAAUCGCAUUGACCAUUGCUGAUCUAAUUAAAUUACUGAACUCCAAUGAUGUCAGCCUCGUCACUGCCUACAAAUCCAGGAUUGCUGAAUUCAGAAAAUUGCCACCCAAACUCACAGUUACACAAACAAGAUUCACUCCUCAGAAUAUAAACAAAGAGCAGAUUUAUCAGCAGAUUGGCUCUCUGUCAGCUUUAUCUAUUAAAACAGAUGAACAUGGCUACACAAUGGAUUCUCCUGGUGCUGAGUGCCCUCCACCGGAGAGACCGCUCAUUGAUGUACCAUCGAUCAUCACAGAAAUAAACACCGAGUAUGGAAACUUUAAUGAAUUAGAGAGUGUGUCCUGUUUAAAUGAUGAAGAAUGCUGGACGUGUGGUCAGGACAACAAGAUGAGACUCUAUAACCUUAAAAGGGAACUGGUGAAGUCAUUCCAAACCAAGUCAGGGAGACGGCCAACAGACAUAGCAGUGACACAGAGUGGUGAACUAGUUUAUACUGAUUGCACUGAUAGAACUGUGAACAUAGUGACGAAUACACAAAUUCAGACAGUGAUCAGACUACUGGGGUGGAUACCUUGGUAUGUCUGUAGUACUUUCUCUGGCGACCUCCUGGUUGUCAUGUUCAAUGAUGAUGAGAAACAAGCAAAAGUUGUUCGUUACUCAGGCUUCACAGAGAAACAAAGCAUACAAUACAAUGACAAAGGACAACCUCUCUAUUCAUCGCAAAGUCACACCAAAUUUAUCUGUGAGAACAAGAACUUAGACAUAUGUGUGGCUGACAGUUACACCCUUUCGCGUGCAGUAGUGGUGGUCAAUCAGGCUGGGAAAUUCCGGUUUAGUUACACCGGUGCUCCGUUAAUUACCAAGGAACCAUUUGAACCAGUUGGAAUUACUACAGACAGUCAGAGUAGAAUCCUGACAUCAGACUAUAACAACAACUCUAUACACAUUCUGGACAAGGAUGGACAAUUCCUUCGCUACAUUGACAACUGUCAUUUGGACCAUCCAAACGGUCUGUGUGUUAACACCAGGGGCAAUCUCUUUGUGGCUGAGAAUAUCACUGGAAAAAUAAAAAAAAUCAAAUAUAGCAUUUGAACAUGCUGUGUUUAUAUAUCAUUAACAAUAUUAUAAACGAAAUCUAUUUACAUUUAUAUCAUAUACAUGUCGAUAUCCUGUAUCAAAAAAUUAGUAAUAUAAAGGAAUUAUUUUAUAUGUUGCAGGAAUAUUUUUAUUCUUUUUCUGCAUUAUUGCAACGCACUUUGCAAAAGUGAAAGAAGAAUUAUUUGUUGAGGGACAAAAAAAAAACAGACAACAAGGUAUGUAUUUCUUGUUGUUGUUGAAAAAAUGAAGAAAUAAAAGGCCUCGAGAUAUUAUUAUUAUUCAUCAUUCCUGCAAAUUUAAAGAACAUCUGAGAGAAAUAUUGUGAUGAAAUAGAAAUGGGAAACAAACUCGUACCAAAUUUUCGUGCCUAGGCGAGCUCCAAGAAAUGGCGCCACUAAAUGGUG